CAUCCUGCCGCCAAUUCGUCAUAAGAAUCCCCCACCACCAAUACCUGAUAUGGAUGAAAUCGCACGCAGUCAGCGUGAGGAGAUUUUGUGGACUGUAGGAGAGCUUCAGGCUAUGUUAAAUGGAAUUGUACAGGACAUCAUGGAGUUUUCAACACUGGUUGGUAACAUGAUUUAUAAGGAGAAAGAAGAGGAGCAAAUCCAACAGCCAGCACUCAAAACUUUUGAUUUUGCACAAAAUUCAGCCCCCGUAAAAAUAAAGGGAAAGAAACCAAUCACAGAUCGCAAAGAACUGGAGGCAAAGGACAAGAAAAGUCAGGUGUUCUUCCUGGGGCAGCGGGCUGUCGGCACCGUACGGGAAAUCUACGACAUCUUGUCAAGUUCUCUAGAGUUAUUGCAUGAAGAAUUUGAGAUGAUAUACCGUUCCUUCAAGGAGAUUCAGCAGCGGAAAGCAUUGGAGAAAGCACUUUUGUCUGGGCAGUUGCCAGAAAACAUCAAACUUCCGGGCCACGAGGCAACAGGAGGACCAGGAACUGCCAGCAUGAAGUUCCAUGGAGCCACAACAGAGGCACUCCUGACUUACUACAUCCAUGCCUAUGGUCAGCUUCAGAAAACUCGUGAUAAAAAGGAUGGCAUUGAUGGCGGCCGAAGUGGUGGCUACAUGCUCUCUGAAAAGGUCACUACAGAACAUCGCUCCAAGUCUCUAUCUGUGACCAGUAUUUCAUCUGACAAUCCCAACACAAUGCACAAUGCUGUCAUGGUCCUUGGCAUCCAUCGCUCCAAGUCAGAAGUGGACAUCAACAGUGUUUUGUCCAAUGAUUCAACGACAUCGGUAAAGCGAUCACAGACACACUUGUUUGUGUCAACAAAGGCCGGUGAACAUAUCAAGCCUGAGAUGAUAUCGUUCACGCGCGAGGAGGCUAGGGUCGCCACGACAACUGUACCCAAAAAAGGCCUCAUCAAACUUACUGCCAUGGAAAAUGAGCUUGAUGGCACCUUCAAUUUUGGAUUACAUGAACGUAAUGAUGCCUCUGAUUUAGAGGACAUUGAGCGACAAAGACGAAAACACAGUCUGACCCAGGGCAAACAAAAAAUGUUGAUCCGACGCAAGGAAAUCCAGGACCAAAUAUUGGCAGGGAAGCAAAUCUUGGAGGAAGAAGAAAGACAGAAAGAAGAAAAAGUGGACAUGGAAAAGGCACUAGAGGAGUACACAGUGGGGGAAUUAUCCCAGAACAUCACACAAUAUGUUGGUAAGAAGAAAACAAGGUCUGGUGUUCUUAAUACAAUGUCAAAGGGCAAAGUGUACGAACAGGAAGAGGAGCCCAAACAACAAAGGACAAUAACUCUGCCUGCCAUUAACACGUUAAACAUCAACGUGUUUGGUAGCUAGGACUGUGCACACUUGGAUGUUCCCAGCAAUUGUAAUGGUGCAGAUUGUGGACACUUGGAUGUUCCCAGCAGUUGUAAUGAUGCAGAUUGUGAACACUUGGAUGUUCCCAGCAGUUGUAUUGUUGCAGGCUGUUGACUUCUAUAGUAUAACAUCAGUGUCUUUAGAGUGAAGAAUUUUCUGCCUCAACUUGUUCGGCAAAGUUAAUUUACGCAAUUUUACUGCCAGUACUAAGACAACCAUAUCACAGAAAGAUGUUAGUGAAAACUUAAAAGUUUUGUGUUGCUAAGUGAACUUUUCUCUCCAUAUGAGAAUUACAUUGCGUUCAAUUCUACUGUAGUGUUACAUACCUAAAUCUAAUCAAAAUGCUUCAGAAAGUUUUAUUUUGAGAUUAUAGUCAUCCUUGUCUGAUGUACUGUUUUGAUAUACAAAAACUGUGAUCAGGAGUUACUUACUGGGCCAGAGGUCACUGAAGGGCGAGGUCAAAGUGCAGAGGUCACCAUCAGUAAGUCUAUUCAGAUUUCAAUUAUGAAAAGGGGGUUGUAUUAAGAAAUUUUUAAAAACAAAACAUAUGAGGGGGUGAGGGGCAUUACCAUGUAUGUGAUAUCGUCUUUUUUUAUUUUAUAUAAUCUUCUUUGGCCUUUUUAUCAGGAGCAGUACAUAAAAAUGGGAGAAUUUCUUUUAUUUCAAGUGUAUUUUGGCACUAUGGUUUAGAGGUGAAGAAAUUCACAAAGGAGGCUUGGUCAAGAACUACAAAAAACUGGGUAAAUUUGAAAGAUAUAUUGUUUGCACUGGUAAAUAGGAUGUUAAAUUGUUGAUAAGUUUGUUGUAUUAUAAGGGUAUGGAAGGAUGAGCGGCAUAUGUAACAUGAUAUUUCUAAGCAGGUCAUGUGCAAGUGGAGAUUUGGAAGUUUGAGAGGGAGUAGGGGAAACAACUACGUACAGAUGUAGUUACUGUACAGGGAGAUAAGUGUGAAGAGGUUAAGUUUUUUAGUGUACUGUUACAACUUUUAUACUGAAAGAGGAAUCGAUAUAUUAAAAGUCUAACCAUUGUUUUACAUUGUUUAUACAUGUAUAUAUAUAUUUGAAUGAUAUUAAGAUUUCAAAAUCCAACCUGUUAGGGAGUUAUUAAUUGUAAAUUAGGCAUAGUUACAGGAAGCUAGAGAGAGGAAAUUAUGAUUUGAAAGCAGAAUUACACAAAAAAUUUGAAUGUUUGAUUAUUUUUUUAUUUUAUUAUUAUUAUUUUUUUUCUUAUUUUGAUUUGUUCAUUGUGAAGAAAAAGAGGGUGUUGUGGUCAAUAUUUUUAUGGGAAUGAAAGAUAAUGUCCAAAAAGUCAUAUGACAUUUUUUUUUACAUAUAUUUGGAUGAUGUAUAUGUUUAUUUUUUUUUUUUUUUUUUUUUUUAUCAUUUUAGGAAAUCUUAUAUUAGGGAAUCUGCAUUGCAAGGGGAAUUAUACAAAAGUGGAAUAUAUGCUAGAGGUCAAAUGACAUGGGGUUUUUUUUUGAGAAUAUUUUUGAAUACUAGGAAUUAUUGAAAAGGUCAAAUGACAUUUAUUUUGUAUUUAAUUGGAGAUAGACAUACAUUUAUUAAGGAUAUAUUGUUUGGUUUGUAGGGAACCAUAUCUAACAGGCUUUAAUGUAUUGGUGAAGUGGUAUAACUGAUUGAGAGUUAAGUGAAAACUGAGAGUUAAGUGAAAACUGAGAGUUAGUGAGAUAAGGUGUGAACAGUGUCAACAAACAACCAUGUACAUAUAUGUACUUAUGUGUUAAAGUAACAACCAUAUACAACUGUACGUAACGUUACUGUGUUGUUAUCAGAAUGCAGGAGAGAGAGAGAGAGGGAGGGAGGUAACGCUAGAGAGGCUAUAUAGUAUAUAGGAUAAUAACAAAUUUUAGAUUUCGAGUAAAUGUUGAUUGUCUCCCUUUAAAGUCCUCCAGUCUAUUUAGAUGUAACCUUUGACCUUGCCCCACAAUAAACCUCACACUCCUGUGUAUCCAAUAAACCACAUGUACAGAAACUAGAUGUUAAAACAAUAGUGAUUUUUUAUGUACACAAACUGUAUCUAUAACUAUUGUGAUGUUUUUAAUUGCUUGUAAAUCAUAAUUAAAUAUUCCAAAGUUAUGCCUCUUUCAUCUGUCAUUGUCCUCUGAUAAUGUCCUCCAGAGGAUAUCCUACAAUGUCCUCUGAUAAUGUUCUCCAGAGGAUAUCCUACAAUAUCCUCUGAUAAUGUCCUCCAGAGGAUAUCCUACAAUGUCCUCUGAUAAUGUCCUCCAGAGGAUACCCUACAAUGUCCUCUGAUAAUGUUCUCCAGAGGAUGUCCUACAAUGUUCUCUGAUAAUAUUCUCCAGAGGGUGCCCUCAAAUGUCAUCUGAUGAUGUCCUCUAGAGGAUAACCUCUAAUGUCAUCUGAUAUUGUCCUCUAAUGUCCUCUGAUGAUGUCCUCCAGAGGUUGUUUGUUCUCUAAUGUCCUUCAGAGGAUAUCCUCUGAUAAUGUCCUCCAGAGGAUGUCCGUUAAUGUCAUCUGAUAAUGUCAUCUGAUGAUGUUCUCUAAUGUCCUCUGAUGAAUGUAAUAAAUCAAAAAUAGAAAUCACUUGUUGAACAAUACAUAUUAAGUUAUUUUGUCUAAUAAAUCCAUGUAAACAGCUAUGCCUGUAGUGUAAAUGUCACCAAAUACAAAGUUGUAUUGUCUCAAGUCACAAGACACAAUAACAAUAAGUGUGUGUCUAUAAAUAGAACAGCUAAUAGAGUGAUUAUCUAUAAAUAGACGGGGAACUCCAUCAUGUUUCUACGACAUACAUGUACUUAUUAACCUAUUGUGUAUCAAUUAAUAUAUUGUUUACUUAUAUAGGGUUUUCUUAACACAUUGUGUUCAUUAAUAGAUAUAUCAGUCAAUUAAUUGUUUGUCUAAUAAGAUAGCAUUUGUCUAUAAAUAGACAGGGAAAUCUACAUUUGUCUUAUUGUUGUUAUAUAAAUAGACAGAGAAAACUUAUAUUUGUCUAUAAAUAGAUUGGAAAAUCUGUCCACUUUUUAUACAAAUAUAACUUAUUAUGGUUUGUAAUUUAAGUUACUUAGAGGUGUUUCUAUAUAAACAGUACUGUAUCUGGUAUACUGUAUCUUGUAUACUGUAUCUGGUAUACUGUAUCCGGUAUACUGUAUCUUGUAUACUGGGCCUGGUAUACUGUAUCUGGUAUACUGUAUCCGGUAUACUGUAUCUGGUGGCAUCAGAUGUAUUGCUAUUGAGUCUAAUUGAUGUAUUGUUGUUACAUGUAUUGUUAUCUGUUUACCUGAAUCUAAUUCACAACAUAUGCAUAAUUAUUAAAACUUUACAAAAAAAG